GACCAUCUCCUACUCCUAGUCCUGGCACCGUAGCACACUAGCGUUUGCUUUGUCACUCUGCCAGCACAAAGCCAUCUAGUUCGACUGUUCAAACACUGUCUGUGUCACCACCCAUGACACGGUCCCCUUGAUGGCUCAAGAGUAGUCAGUCAGUCACAUAACAUGUGCUCAAUUGGCACUCCUAAUCCAGUAUCAGUACAAGGAAAGGAGCCUUCAUAAUCCGCCACUGCCUCCAAAGGAAUCCAAGAAGCAGCGGCCGGGGAGAGCAACAGCCACUCCACUCCACUCCACUCCACUCCACCCAUGGCGCCAGCGGCUGCGGCGGCCUUCGCAGCGCAGGUGCUGCGCGGGCGCUGGUUCAUGGCGUACGGCUCCUUCCUCAUCAUGUCCGCCGCCGGCGCCACCUACAUCUUCGCCAUCUACUCCAAGGACAUCAAGGCCACGCUGGGGUACACGCAGGAGCAGCUCAACACCGUCGGCUUCUUCAAGGACGUCGGCGCCAACAUCGGCAUCCACGCCGGCCUCGUCGCCGAGGUCACCCCGCCGUGGGUCGUCCUCGCCGUCGGCGCCGCCAUGAACCUCGGCGGCUACCUCAUGCUCUACCUCUCCGUCACCGGCCGCGUCCGCCCCGCGCCGCCGCUCUGGCUCGUCUGCCUCUACAUCGCCGUCGGCGCCAACUCGCAGGCCUUCGCCAACACCGGCGCGCUCGUCACCUGCGUCAAGAACUUCCCCGAGAGCCGCGGCGUCAUGCUCGGCCUCCUCAAAGGGUUCGUCGGCCUCAGCGGCGCCAUCUUCACCCAGCUCUACCUCGCCUUCUACGGCCCCGGAGGCGGCGGCGACACCAAGCCGCUCAUCCUGCUCGUCGGCUGGCUCCCGGCUGCCGUCUCCGUCGCCUUCCUCGGCACCAUCCGAAUCAUACGCGCACCGCGCCCGCCCGCCGCGGCGCGCCGGGAGUACCGCGCGUUCUGCGCCUUCCUGUACGUUUCGCUCGCGCUCGCGGCUUUCCUCAUGGUCGCCAUCGUCCUCCAGAAGCGCUUCCGGUUCACCCGCGCCGAGUACGGCGUCAGCGCCACCGUCGUGUUCACGAUGCUCCUCCUCCCCAUCGGCAUCGUGCUGCGCGAGGAGGCCGCGCUGUUCAAGUUCAACAUCAGGAACGCGCCCGAAGCGCAAGCUGACGCGCCGGCUCUGCCCCCAGUGACCGUGGCCGCAUCCGCGAAGCCGGCGUCGACGGCGGUGGGUGCGAGAUUGCUUGCCGCGCUGAGGCCGCCACCGCGCGGCGAGGACUACAGCAUCCUGCAGGCGCUGGUGAGCGUGGACAUGCUGCUUCUGUUCACGGCGACGGUGUUCGGCGUGGGCGGCACGCUGACGGCCAUCGACAACAUGGGCCAGAUCGGCGAGUCGCUGGGCUACCCGCAGCGCAGCGUCGCCACCUUCGUCUCCCUCAUCAGCAUCUGGAACUACCUCGGCCGCGUCGCCGCCGGUUUCACCUCGGAGGCGCUCCUGGCGCGGUACCAGCUCCCGCGGCCGCUCCUGGUGGCGGGCGUGCUCCUCCUGACGGUGCCGGGGCACCUGCUGAUCGCGUUCGGCGUGCCCGGGUCGCUGUACGCGGCGUCGGUGCUGGUGGGGUUCUGCUUCGGCGCGGCGUACCCGAUGAUCCUGGCCAUCAUCUCCGAGCUCUUCGGCCUCAAGUACUACUCCACGCUCUACAACGUCGGCAACGUGGCCAGCCCCGUCGGCUCCUACAUCCUCAACGUCCGCGUCGCCGGGAGGAUGUACGACCGGGAGGCGGCGCGGCAGGGCGCCGUGGCGGCGGUGGCCGGGAAGGGCGUCACCUGCGUCGGCACGCGCUGCUACAGGGAGUCGUUCCUGGUCGUUGCGGCGGUGACCGUGGGUGCGGCCGCGGUGACGUUGGCGCUGGCGUGGAGGACGCGCGCUUUCUACGCGGGGGACAUAUACGCGAGGUUCAAGGAGGGAGGAGUGAGUGGCAAUGGCGUCGGCGAGGGGGCGGUGGUGGAGUCCAAGGAGCAGCCGGAGGUGGACGGACGCCGGGGAGACCGCGAGUGAUGGUUGCAGAUGCCGAACCAAGACAAGCUAGAGGACACGACCACACUAGUUAACAGCACACUCAACAGCGUUACAGAGAGCAUGCCCAAGAUUGGAAUUUUCGUGAUCGUUUGAUUUUUGUUUUUCGAUUGGAAAUUUGGUAGCUGACCGUGACAUUUGUUUUGUACUAUGCAUUAUUUUUUGUCUAUCCAGUUCCACAGGAAAAAGAUGACUUUUUUUGUUAA